UAAAAAGGAGUGCUAGUGCAAACGUAUCCGAAUAUAUGUAGCGUAGCUGUGCAGAUACUCGGACCUACAUACAUACAUACACACAUACGUAGAUGCAUGUAUAUAUUUGUGUAGAUAAUUUUUCGCUCUGACGUAAGAAAAAUUUAAAUUAAUCAUAAACAAUGAAAGUUAAAAUCGAGGCCGCGAAAGCAAAAAUUCCCGCCAUACUCUCCUCAUCAAUCGCCCGACAGCAGGUCGAUGUAGCGAGUGGAGACAAUGCAUUGGCAUUAAAGUUGGAGCGACAUGCAGACGAAAAAUCAACCCCAACCGAAACGCGACACUUCCAUGUAGUGGCGGAUGACAAUGAAAACGAGGUGCCGGACCUCAUGAAUACUUUUGAUAUUUUACCAGCUUUAUCAACGUUGACAUCGACGACGCCAACAACAACAACUGCUACACGGAAUAAUCUUAUCUAUCAGGGCAGUACAGUAAUACCCGUAUUUGUUGCCUGCGGUUCAUCUUUCACUGACAAAACUGUCCUAUAA